GUUUGAUCAGCAGAGCAGUCAAGUCGCAAGUGAACACUGGAGGAAUGACUACUUCUUUCUAAUAGUGAUGUUCUUGGUCCAUCCGGAGGGAGGACACCAUAUCUCACUCGCUUUGUUGUUCUUUUUCUUGGUCCGCUGGCUGACAAUCCCGAGCACGAUUCCGAGGAUGCUGCGGCGCACGGCGCCAGACCUCUGCGCCGGGCCGGGCGCCCGAGAGAAUCUCCCGGAAGUGAGACGGCGCCGGGGGCGGGCAGCAUGAAGCCCCUCCUGCCGUUGCUGGCGCUCCUGCUGCUGGCGGGCCACGCCCCUGCCGACAGGCGCCCGGGAAAAGCCGGCGGCGGUGGGAGCUCUGGCGCCCCCGGGCUCCGGCACGACACGUGCCUGGGCUACUAUGACGUGAGCGGGCAGUUCGACAAAGAGUUCAGCUGCAACAACACGGACCACCGCUUCUGCUGCGGCAGCUGCUUCCUGCGCUUCUGCUGCGCUGACCGCGCCAAGCGUCUAGAGCAGAAGGUGUGCACCAAUUACAACACCCCCGACUGGAUCAAGACACAACCGCCCUCGCCGGCGCCCACCGGUGAUACCUAUGACCCCGAGCUGGACCGCACCAACACCACCGUCUAUAUCAGCUGUGGCGUGGUGGCACUGGUCGUCGCUGUUGGAAUCACCGCCAAAGUGGCCUACGACAAGGCCACCAAAACCCCCCAAGAGAUGAACGUGCACAGAGCUCUGGCGGACAUCUUGAGGCAGCAGGGCCCCGUUCCCAUUUCGCAGUAUGAGCAUGACAACAUCGACGCCAUCUUAGAUGGCUCGCCUAAAGACGAGACGCCGCUUCGCACCUCCAAGAACAACUACACGCCCGUGCACACAAAGUCCUCCAAUCAUGCAGGCCAUUACGGGAUGGAGGCCAUUCGCGGCGGAGGCGCCGACUUGCUCGUCUCGUCCGGCUUUGUGACGCUCGGACGAGGACACCUCAAAGCACAGCACUCCAUCGACGAGUCGGCGCAGCUGUCCUGGCAGAACGAGCUGGACCUCCCGCUCUCAUACGGUAACCACCAUCACCAUGACUACCAGCACAGCCACGUGGACCUGACCGCGCUUACGCCCAAGCUAGCAAACCGACACGCGCGUCACGAGCGAAAUCCACGGAGCAACAACAUCCUGACAGCGGCAACGGAGCCAUACGACUUGUCACUGUCCAGAUCCUUCCAGAACCUUAGCCACCUGCCGCCUUCCUAUGAGAUCGCACUCUCGGCAGACUUGAGUGACAAGGAAGUGGACGACUUCUACGCUAGGAAGCAUCUCAAUUUCACCGGACGAGGCCACGCCCACAAGUUGAACGCCGACCCGCCGUCGUCGCAUCACCACCAUCAACAUCGUCAACGUCCUCGUCGCGUGCAGCGCGCCAUGUCGCAGGACCAUGUCCUUUCCCCGCCGCGGACGCCUCGUCGCGGGGACUACGGUAACGCCGCCGCCGCCACCUAUGGAGGUGGUCGCCACCCGUCGGAGGAACUACUGCUGUCAGCCGAGCGACUGCGCUCCCAGGAUCCUUUGCUGUCUCCUGCCGUGCGCCGCGACAAGUUCCGGCAGAAAGCCAUGGCCCGCGCCAUGUCCCACGCCGACAUGCUGAUGCCUACUACGCCGGUCCACGACCGGCACCGCGUGGGUAAAAUGCUCUCAGAGCCCGGCGACGUUUACGACGUGCGCCCCAGCGCCGCCAAGAGGCAGGCCUUCGCCUCGCGCCGGACGCACACAGUUGACCACCUGCACUUCGGGAUGGGACUUCAUCACGGGACCAACGAGGUCACCGUUUGACCACAGCGGGACCCCUUCCUGUUCCGUCUCCUCUGGCAGAGCCCUCGACCAGUCCUCCAUUUUGUAUCAAAUUCGACGUCAGAUAAGCUUUCCGGAUGCUAAAAGGACGCCGUCUUUGCAACGUUUUUAUGCGCGUCUCCUCGGCCUUGCUAAUGCUACCGAUGACCUCGUCGUUAGCUCAAACAAUGUCAUUAUUUUCGGCCACAAAGGAAAUAGCGAGAAGCGAAGGUGUCAUGGUUGGCGUCCGCGUAAAUCCAACCGAAGAAGUGAACAUUUGACCACUUCCUGUCCCUGCUCCUCCACUUCUGGCGCAGAGACGCAACACAAGGGCUUCAAGCGGCUCCUCCAUUUCCGUCUUCUUCUACGACUCCAGUUGCCGCCUUAUUUUCAGUGUUCCCGCCGCCGCGCAAAUGCUAGCCAUGAUGUCAUUGUUAAUAUUAGCAUUCUUUGACGUCACUAUUCAACAAAAUCAUCAUUGCAUUGCUCGUGCGGCCGCACCAGCGCUAACGAUGGUGUCGUGAUCCGACAAUGAUGUCACAGGUUACUCUUCAUACGGCUGCAAAAGAUGACAUCAUCAUUAGCGUCCACUUGUAAUGCUUGAAUCUUAUAAAUAAGUUUGUGAAGGCGAUGUAACCUUUGCGUGCCGAAUGCUAAAAUGCAUCAUUUUAGCAACAUUUUUAUGAGCGUUCCCGUAGCCACGCUAAUGUUACCGAGAACCCUGUCAUCAGCUCAAACGCUGAAAUGGCUUUAUUAUCAGAAGCCACAAAGGAAACGGCGAGAAAAUUGGCGCACGUGUAAAUAUGAACGACAAGAUGAGCAUUUUGCCAGUUCCUCUUCUGGCUUCUCUAUUUCCUGGCACAGAAGCGUAGGCCUUCCUCUUGGCGUGCAGCGCAAGGGCUUCAUGCGGCUCCUCAGUUUUGAAACCGAGGACAUAUUUUUGUCUUCUUGUACGACUCCAGUUGGCGCCUUAUUUUGACCGUUGCCACCACCACACAAUUGCUAGCCAUCAUGUCUUUCUAAGGGUGUAACGGUACAUGUAUUUGUAUUGAACCGUUUCGGUAUGGGGUGCUCGGUUCGGAACGGAGGCGUACCGAACGAGUUUCUGACGUAAUGUAACCCUUACUUUUCGAGGCUGUGAGUCGAUCGGGUUACAUUUUCUUUGUGUAGAUUAUAUUUACUCCGUCUACUAUAAUGAGGACCAACACGGACAUUAUAUAACCCAGAAACGUCAACGGCGCGAUAACGUGGCCGCCGCGAGAACGCAAUGAAACGAGGGCGUUAAAGUCAAUCAGACAAUGCACACCAGUCGCAAUGCGGCCGCGUGUUAGACGCGUCCCAGAAGCGGCGCAACGCGACGCGCGCGAAAAGAACUGCAGAGUUUAUUAUUUGACGCAAGACACGGCCCUCCUGCAUCAAUACUACUAGCUAGGAUCGGGCAGACCGGAAGUCACUCGUGUAAAAAUACGGUGGAUCCGUUCAAUUAUCAAACUAAUAUACAAUCAUAACCCACUUUUUGAGUCAAUCAGAUCUCUUGAGUGGUAGAUCGGGGCACAGUUGACUUGUCUUUGUUGAUUUACUGCUGUCUUCUCUGCUAUAAUAAUAACCAGCACGGCCCCGUUUUCAAUACAAAACCCUCCUACCACAACAAAACAAGUAGGAACGAAUAUUCACAUAGGAACUAAAGUUAUACAACAAAAAAUAUACAAUAUAAAUGAAUACUACAUCACAUUUGUAAAAUACAAACACAUAAUAAAAUAAAUAAUAGCCCAUUUAAAUAAAAUAAAUUGAAAUGAGCUAAAACACCUGUAAUUAAAUAAUAAGAAUAAUACACAGAUCCUGCUUACACAAUUAAAUGUAUUAAUUUCUGUGUGGUGCUUUAACUUGAGAAAAUCCACCAAUAAAGCUUUUGAAAACAGUUCAUAAAAAGAAUGAUUCAUUGAGACAUUUCAUUUGUAAAAUACAUGUUAAAAUCUUUGUCAUUGGGAUUGCUUUUCUCUUUAGCACAGGACUUCUUUUGACCAAUACGCGGGGUGUGAAAGGCAAAUGGUUGUUGGAUUAUCUUUAAUUACCCGCUAAUUUUUGAGCAGAAUUCUAGCUUUGUAUAGGCUAAUGUUCCUAUUGUUGAAAGUACAAAGGUGUGUAAUAACAACUAGCACAUUUUGCAUUUUGUUUUCUUACUGUACCGAAAAUGAACCGAACCAUGACCUCAAAACCGAGGUACAUACCGAAGCGAGAUUUUUGUGUACCGUUACACCCUUAUAUCUUUCUUAAUGUUUUAUUAGCCUUGUCAAAAAACUAAUCGCUAGCAUUUGGGUGCGUCACCACAUCAGCACUAACGAUGACAUCGUUGCGAGUUGUGCGGCCUCGUUAACAUAACGUCAACAUUCGCAUUCACCAUGCUACGCUAAAAUAUUGUAAAUAAGCUUGUGUAAACGCUUUCCAACUUUUAUCAAACUUUUGAAUAUAGAUAAGACGUCCGUCAUACGCUCACGGUUUUAAUGGCGCAACGUUCCCCGUCCGGGUGUACGGGAAAUAUUUGAAAGAUGGCGGCCAAUCAGGGGGCUUGGCGAUGUCGCUGGUCACUGCCUCUUUCGUGUAAAACAACUUCUGUUUGGACGGAAGCUUUUCUGUGUGAAGAAUAAAGGGGGAUGGAAAUCUGUUUUAAUACCUACUGUGUGCGAGGUAUCUCUUUGGCCCCGCCCCUUCCUCUCGUCUCCUGCCAAUUAGCAGCCAGAAUGUCCUCCUGUUGUCAUGUUGCUGUUUACUUGAUCUAAGUUCUUUGACAAACUUCAAUAAAAACCAACUUAUU